GAGAACAACCUAAGAUGCAGGCGGCGGAUGUGGCAGCGUCGCUGUUAGCGCUACUUGCAGCAAACGGCACCUCGCUGCUCGAUUGCGUCUGCGACUACAUCUUCCACGUCACCGGGCCGCCCGGGAGCAGCUACGGCGAAAAGAAGUUGUGGUGGACCUACUGUCAGUAUCCUCGAAGCUAUGACGUGUACGUGACGUGCGACAACCUGGCGCCGCCGUCUGCUGCGGUGUCGGCGGUGGCGCGCCUGAUACCGAGCACCAGCAGCAGCCGCUGGCCACCCGUAUGGGGGGAGGGGUGCGGCGGCGCUGUGGAGGCGGUCCGCGACCUCGCCAGAGCCACCCCAGACGAGCUGCACUCCUGGGACCUGUGCUCCCUCAUCGCUAAGCACUGCAUCCACUCCUCCUUUGUCCGGGGCUGGACUAACCUAGAAUGGGACGCGGAAAUUCUGGCAAUGGAUCGUCUGAGGCAUUCCAUCCUCGUCCACUUACUGAAAGCUGCUCGGCGCAUCACAAGAGCCAUAACCGCCAGAUUUCAGUGCGCCUUGCGAAAUACAUUAUCUUUCAUUCAGUCAUCGAGGCUGAACGAAACUGAACUCCAGACCAAGGUGGCGGUCUACCUGGAACACCUCUCCAGCUACUGGCGAGACUCGGCGCAGCUGCUCUAUCUCAGUGUGGACGACGUCUCAUGGCUGUUGGUCCCCCUCGCCUUCGAACACAUGGGAAAUCACACGAAUGAAGAGCGGCUCCAUGUAUGGAUUAAGGACAUGGAACGCGUGAGAGAUAUGCUGCACACGAAGUUAAAGGGUUGGGUGCGCGAUGUGAGGACACUCAGCGAGCAGAUACCGUACUACAAGGUGGAAGAGGACAAGAAGACGCCUGGGAAGUACAUACUUAGGCGCCCCGUAUUGAAUGAAGACCUUCUCUCCUUCCACCAGGAGCACCCGUCAUUUCGUGGCAGCUUCGGUGCGCUAUGCGAGGAGAGACACCCAGGGGCAUCACAAAUGUUCAAUCUUGCCGACUCACUGCACUCCCUCUAUCAUUACAACCUGUUCUACGAGAUACAUCCUGUAGGUGUCGAUCGCUUUAUAGAUGAGGAGUGGCAGCUGGAGGACAGAAGCAAUGCUACCCUCUCCGUGGACACUGGCUGCAUGCAGCUGUUGGCGAACGCUCUGGACCACCCGACGUGUCCACUGGAAGACCUGCCACCAGAAACCAUCAGGCAGCGCGAGCAGUGCCGUAUACAGCUGUGGGAAGACAUGGUGCAGCGGUCGCCCCACAUACCCGUCACCAGUUACCUGGCCUACACGCAGAGGGCGAACGUCAACCUUUGCCUCUUGGCCUGGAUGACAGUCAACUCUUUCAGCAUUUGUCAGGACGUCCCCUUUAGUAUGAUGCAGUCCGUACAUGACGCUCGCUGCUAUUUCGAUAGUCCUCACGACCAGUCGUGUCUGGAAACGAAUGCUACAGAUGCCAUCUGCUCUGUUUCCAGAACUAUUCUGUUGGUGAAGUGUCGUGUUUUUCCUUAUAUAAUAGGCUCGAGGUAUGUAGCGUCCAUCUUUAUACAAAUGGAUCAAACUCAACAACGGACAAGUUAUCAGGGCUAGAUGGGUACGCAAGGGCAACAGAAAGAAGACUGAACUACAAAGAUAGUCUAAGCAGUGCCACCUUGAAAUACAAGGAUUUUAAAAUUGACAGCUUAAAACCUUUAGAAAUCUCGUUUAUAGCCGUGAAUAUUAUUUUCCGAUUUCUGACUGCCGGAGUGUACAUAUACCUUCCCCAGUUACGUAAUUUGCCUGGAAUGAUAUUCCUGUCCUUCCAGAUUACAGGCAUAAUCCAGAUCCUGAUGCAUAGUCGGAUAAUAUUCCUGGUUGGUAUUUCCCUGUCGAUAGGUUUCAAUUUGAUCUGUCUUGGACUACUAGGAUACAUGUACGUACGUACUAAGAUAUCCUUGACUGAACUCAAAAUUUAUAGUAACGACAAAUUUGGCUCAAAGAGACAACUUCUUUACGUAUCAGUUAAGACUACCAUCUUAAGUGGGAUAUGCAUACUUAUUAGAAUUCGGUUCCACCAGGCUGAAGGUAUAGCACAGUUCGUAUAUUACGUGCAUAUUGCUACCAUGGUUCAGGGACCAUUGCUGUUCGUUUUCUUCAUUUGUAACGAAGCAACACUCCCUCUUCUCAAGAACAGACUACUGGCUUGUUGGAACCCACACAUCAUCAGUCUGGAGCAAGAACUGUGUUCAACAGCUGAGAGAAAUCUGGCUCGGAGGGAAAACAAACUGUCUGUGACUGCAGAAUCCUCUUUGUAAAAUGUCCAAUAGUAUUCUUCUCAAAGGGCUGUCUUCAUCGUAGACCAUACUAAAGCCAGCGAUCAGUCGUAAGAAUUGUAUCCAGCUGGUGUGACAAAACUAAUUGUGCCUGAUAGCGUACAACCCGUGCCUCCGUUUUCUAAUUGGUUCUUUGUACAUAAUUGCAUGCUUAUUUAUACAUGUUAGACUCAUUUUACGUAUUUUAAUGCACUGAGAGCAAGUAAUUAAUUACUAUAAUUGAUUAUGCGUGAAGAAAGUUUUUCUCCUGCGUCUUCUACUUCGAUAUUUUUAUAAGAACAUUUUAUAAUACUUAACAUAGGUCAAAGGCGAAAAUAAUGAUGUAACUUCCUAUAUACGGUAAAUUAUUUUAACCAUCGUUCUCUAAUGCAAAGCCAACCGAAUGAACUCUUACAAGGCGUUUCCAGGAAUCUUUGUUCUUUCACUGAUUCAUACGAAGCUUUUAAAAGACGUCUGCAUUUAUCUUAUAUUGAAAACUGCAUAAUCGUUCAGUACAUAAUUAACUGCGUUGUUAUACCUCGUCCUGCGUCUCGCUGCAUGUGGAAUGGCACGAGUUUUCAUGUUCGACUAAUACAAGCUGCCACUGUUUUCUGAAACUUUUACGUGACUUUCACUUCUGGUACUUCAUGUACCUGAAAAUUAUCAUAUUGUACCACAUUUAACUAUAUUUUGAGACAGAUUUUUUUAUCAUGUGUUUACCUAUUUGUUAUUGUUUAUGAUAGGUGAAAUAUGAAAAUUAUAGAUAUGUGCAUAAAAGCUA